UGACUUUGACCAUUCAAUAACGUCCACGCGUUUCAUUUGAAUUUCUCUCUGCCGUAUUUUAGCGGCGUGACUCUUCGAUUUUCCUGUCUAUCCCCUUUAGAUCUCUAAACUAUCGAAAACUGUCGGAAAUUUUCGGUUAUAGCCCCUAAUUUAUCAGUAUGCGGUUAAAACAGAUACUCGUGUACUUGGCACUUGUAGUACUUCUUUGUACUUUGUCAUCUUGGGCUGCUGACGAUGUUGAAGUCGAGGAUGAAGAAGAUUUGGACAGCGACAGCGAAAGCGAACCAGAAGAUCAAGGCAAGGAGAAAAAGAAGGCACCUGAAAUUGAACCAUACAAACCGCCGGUUAUCAGUCUUGAAAAUGAAGACUCCGUAUUUUUUUCCGAACCUUUUGCAAUCCGUGGCGAAUUUCAGAACAGAUGGUUGAAAUCUCAAGCCAAGAAAGAUGGAGUUGAUGUUGAAAUUGCCAAAUAUGAUGGUGAAUGGUCAUUUGAGGAGCCUGCCACCAAGUUAUUCAGUGGGGAUCUUGGACUUGUUCUUAAGAAAACUUUCCAUGAUAAAAGUCCAUAUACCAUUAUGUUUGGACCUGAUAAAUGUGGUGAAGACAAGAAGCUACACUUCAUCUUUAGACAUAAGAAUCCAAAGACUGGUGAAUACGAAGAGAAACAUGCAAAGAAACCUACUGGAAACUUCCAGAAUGUUUUUGAUGGCAAAAAGACACACUUAUUCACCUUGGUAGUGAGACCUGACAAUUCAUUUGAAGUAUUUGUGGACCAAACAAGCGUGAAUUCAGGCAACUUGUUGGAAGAUGUCACUCCCGCAGUCAACCCCCCAAAGGAGAUUGAUGAUCCUAACGACAAAAAACCAGAUGACUGGGAUGAGAGAGAAAAGAUUCCAGAUCCUGAUGCUGAGAAGCCUGACGAUUGGGAUGAAGAUGCUCCCACUAAAAUUCCUGAUCCUGAUGCAAAGAAACCUGAUGAUUGGCUGGAUGAUGAGCCAGAGUAUGUUGCUGAUCCAAACAGUGUUAAACCUGAUGACUGGGAUGAAGAGGAGGAUGGUGAAUGGGAGGCACCCCAGAUUGCGAACCCCAAAUGUGAGAAGAGUGGAUGUGGGGAGUGGAAGGCCCCUUUCAUAGAUAAUCCUGCUUACAAAGGGAAAUGGUCCCCGCCACUGGUUGAUAAUCCUGACUACAAAGGUAUUUGGAAGCCAAGGAAAAUUGAUAAUCCAGAUUACUUUGAAGAUAAGGAACCUUUCAAGAUGACUUCCAUUGCAGCUGUUGGUCUGGAACUCUGGUCGAUGACUCCAGAUAUACUUUUCGACAACUUCAUUAUCACCAAUGACAAGUCCGUUGCUGAUAAGUGGGCUUCUGACAGCUGGGUGAAGAAAAAUGUGAAAGAAACGUAUGGAGGAGAUGAAGAGGGUGGAAUUGUGAAUAACUUACUGGAGGCAACAAAUGAACGGCCAUGGCUGUGGGUGCUCUUUGUCAUUGUUGUUAUCUUGCCAUUUGUCCUUAUUGCGGCCUGCUGUUUCCCUGGAAGCAAGAGUGACGCUGCUAAAAAGAAGAAGACAGAUGAACCAACUGAAGAUGUUCCAGCUGAUGAAAACGAGGAGGCAGAGACAAAAGGCGAUGAUGAAGAGGAAACAGCGGCAGGUGAUGAGGAGGCUGAAGAGAAAAAUGAAGAGGAGGAAGAAAAGAAGGAGGCAGAGGGAAAUGAGGAAGAAGAGCCAGCUGGCAAGGAUGAGGUUGAUGAAGAGGAAACUGAAAGGAUGCCAACAAGACGAAGACCAAGGAAGGAUAACUAAUGUUUGUUACACAGUUCCAUUCUGCUCUCUGCAGGACUUAUGACGUCUCCACUGACAAUGCUACAAGGAUUAUUGUUUGACAAGACUCUAGUUUGAUUGCCUUAUUUCUUUUUAGUGCAAAGGGCUUGUCUUACUGUGUGGACUAAAAGAAGCAUGAUAUCCUUGGGAGCCAAUCAUUUUGGAAUUUUGAAAUGCUGUGCAGAACAAAUGCCAGUCUUUUAAGUGGCAGCCCUUGCAGCUACAAAUGUUGUUGAGACUAUGUUAGGAUUGUCAAAUAGCUAUACAAUGAAGUCAGAUGUGAUUAAUGUGGAAUUAUGAGGUGUAUCUGUUGAUGAUGUUGCCUGUGCUAGAUAAAAUGUUUCCUUGUAUUUGGUGUUGUUCGAAGUGAUUUAAGAGAGGCAUUUCUUUUGCAUAUCAAGAUGUGAUUGUAGAGCAGUUGAAAUGUUCUCUUUUAGUUGUAGUUUGGAAAUAAGUAAAGUGUGUGAUUGAGCUAUCUUUUUUUUUUUGGCUGUCUUUUUCCAAGUAGGUUAUUUACUUAAAGGUAUUGAAGUUGUUAGUAAAACCAGACUUCAUAGACUCUAAAGGGUCAAUAAGCAGUUAAACAAACACAAGGGUCUAAGAACAAUUUAUCAAUCCAAUUUGGUGGCUUGGCCUUCAAACUUGAUGACCUAACAAUUUCUGGUAAAUAAUUUACAGAAGGACAGUUGCAUUGAGAGUAUUUGAUGGAACUGUUUGGAAAAUGUACAAGGAUGUUCCUCACAUUUUUUUUUUUUAAUAUUUAUUGGAUGACUCAGGGGAGCAUUUCAAAUCAUGCAGGAUUAGGACAAAAUCACAAGCUUAUCCAUGUAAAACAGCACUUGCAUGGUGAACUAAUCACAGUGUAACUUUUGCAAUUGAAGUGACAUGUUUAAUUUGUGGCAUUUUUCACCCACUAGGUACUUUUUUUUUCAGUUAGACCAUCUACAUUUUUAGUUAUCUUUUACAUUAAAUAUACUUGUGUUAACUCUUUAAAAAACUUGCGGCAACAGAAUGUUGUGAUUUUAAUAAAAGCUUUCGAUGGUCUCA